AUGAUAGAUGGACUAGAAAGCGAAUAUCUUCAAGGUGCUCACCUGGCGUUCCCCAUUCCGACUAUUAGACUGCCUAACUGUGGCAUCAACUGCUUCGUGAGUGUACUUCUUCAAUGCCUUCUGGAGAGCCUGACACGUAACACGGAAGAGGAAGUGUUUCAGGAGGCAAACGAAUGCUCGUAUAGUGCCUGUCAGUACUUACGCUCUACCAGCAGGCUCCCUCGCAUCCAUCUAGCACCUCCCAUUUUGACUUGCCAAUUGAAUAGAAGUGGUCAAGGAACUGAGGAGUUAGAUAAUCGUAAGGUCUUUCACACAGCACUGAUUCCGGCGGUUUGCAAGUGGAGAAUCACUUCUAUGUCACCAUUAAUCACAGAGUCUGGGACUCAUCAUUUAGAUAUCAUGCGGCCUUCACCAGACGUAGGCACAAUCAGUGAUACUGUUACAACGAUGGCACCGUAA